AUGGUUCGGCUUGCCGCCAGGUGUGUGCGCCACCUCAUCUUCGCUGAUGCGAAGGAGAUAAGGCGACGGCUCGUUCCUCGCUCUCUGGCGUGGCGCCCGAGUCCAUGGGCAGAGGCACGUGGGAUUGCAGAUAGGAUAAAGUGCCAAGAUGCGACUGUGCCAUUUGUCCGCUUCUUUGAGGCUCCCACGAUGAGUGCUGACCAAGUAGUCAGCACGCUGAAGGAGCUCGUUCAGGAGCAGAAUGCAGAUGUCAAGCUCUUGGCUGCGCUCUCUCGAAGGUACUACGGGCAUGCCGAGGAAUUUUUCCCUCCGCAGAUCGAAGAUGUUCUUGGCUGUUUCUCAGCCCUGGGCUUCGCAGACGAGAACCUCCUCAAAGGCAUCGAAGGCCGGAUCGAAGACCUGGCCUCCGAUGCGUCGCCCCGACGUGUGGUUAGAGUACUCCGAGCCGGGGCUUCCCUCCGACUCGAUCCGGAGGCAUGGCUUCCGCACACGCUCGCAGCGCUGCAGCGGCACAUGCCGAACAUGCGGGAAGGAUCUUGA